UUGGUUUUCAUGUGCAUGGUACGGUCAGUGGGCAGUAUGGCGCUGGCCGGGCUCGGUAAAUGUUGUCGGUCGUUCGGACGGGAUCCCUCCAAAGUGGCCUUUUGUGGUGUUUUGCAGCCAGGUUGGAUUGAAGGUCGCGUAGGAGCUAAGAGGCAUCUGUUGUCAGAAGAUGUUAUCAAACUACAAGACUUCCAGCAGAGAAAGCUGGCUGUGGCUCAUCUCGUCACUGGAUCAAAAGGAAAUUAUAUCGAGCUAUUUACCAAGAGGCUACAAAGAAAUGAGCUGAUUCCGAAGGAAGAGCUGAAACUUCUGCUUCACUUGUGCCAGACCGCCGAUGACGUGCUGAUAGCAAGGGAUGCCAUUUAUAGGUAUCACACAGACAACAGGAACUUGAUGUUUGGAGAGUUCAAGUUUGGUCCACUCUUUGUGAGACUGUGCUAUGAGCUGGGCCUGGAGAGCUUGGCUGCCGCUACACUUACAGAUAAGAAUAUGGGGGGAUUUUUCAAUGACGCAACCUCCUUUAACAUCACCAUAGACAUGUUAUUCAUUAAAGGCUCUUUUGAAAAAGCCUUGGAGCUACUUAGAACCAUGAGGGCCCAAGGUAUACCAUUCAACAAGGACACACUGACACUGGCAGCUGGCACCUGCUAUAAGCUGAACACGGCGGACUCCUACAGGAUCUGCACUGCUCUGAUAGAGGAGGGACAGACCAGAGGCAACGCCGUCCCCAGACACGCUCACUGCUUUGCUGUAGCUUUGGCACUUAGACAAAAUGACAUAGAAAAGGCCCAGUCGUUGUUUUCACAGAUAAUGGUCACUGACAGCAGAUUGUGCCAAAAUCUGAAGGUCACAAUACUAACGAUGUCAGGAGCUGUGACGGAUGCUGUUUCUGUGCUGUCGGCCGCCGUGUUGCCUAAAAGCCCUUCUUUUGUGAAGAAGCUUGACUUUUCUCAGGAGGUGGUGGAUUUGCUGCGCUUGAGGAGUGAGGGCGGUGCACACGCGAUGGAAGUGGAGCAGAUAGUGACUAAUCUUGAGCGGGCCCAUCAGGUGACCCAGCAGACCCUCGAUGGCAUGCUCUGCCACACACCCACGGGGAAGAGGAAACCAGAGCUGAAUAUGACGGACAGAAAGACCAGACGAAGGAAUCCGAAGUCUCUUCAGUCCACUCUGCUGUCGGAGUGAUUGAAGCCUGCUCUCACUAAAUGCUGGCAUCAGCCAAAACCACUGACUGGUUAAAGUGGACAUUGUCCAUAUUAAUGCACCUACCUCUCCUUAAACAGAGAUGCAGACUGGAUUUCUGGUCUUUUUUUGCCAUUCUUAUCCAGAUUUUGAUGAGUAAUCAAGUCCUGACAGGCACUUUAACAGAAAUCUUCUGUGAGAAACCAUUCAAGUGGACAUGGAUUUCUUUGCAAAAAAACGUCUAUGGAUAUUGAGUGAUUUUGUGUGUUGUGUAUAUAAAAGUGUGAAUGAGGGAUUAAAGAUGAAUUGGAUAUUGAAUGGUAAAAGAAAAGUCUUGUUUUAAAAGAA